CGCGGAGAGCCGGCCAUGCCCCGUGGGUGUCUGCGUGACUCUCCUGGGCCGCAGAGUCUCCCAGCUCCCAGCCCCAGGGCGGCCGGCCUGCAGACCGCCUGCUUCUGCCCUGCCUCUGAGCGGGGCGGCCGGUCCCGACUGGGCUUCCGCUGGCCUGUGCCUGGCAGGGGCCAGUCAUGUGACCGAGGCUGCGAGGUCCCCCCGGAAAGUAAGGUGGCCUGUGAGUACGGCAUGGUGCACGUGGUCUCCGAGUCGGGGGGUCCCAAAGGCAAAGACUACUGCAUACUCUACAACCCACAGUGGGCCCACCUGCCACAUGACCUUGGCAAAGCGUCUCUCCUGCAGCUGCGGGACUGGACGGCCUCCAUGCUCUGCUCCCCGCCCGACGUCCCAGCCAGGGGCUUCAGCAACCAGAUCCCGCUGGUGGCACGCGGCAACUGCACCUUCUACGAGAAAGUGCGGCUGGCGCAGGGCGGCGGGGCGCGCGGGCUGCUCAUCGUCAGCAAGGAGGCGCUGGUCCCCCCAGGAGGCAACAAGACCCAGUAUGACGAGAUUGGCAUUCCCGUGGCCCUGCUCAGCCACAAGGACAUGCUGGACAUCUUCAAGAGCUUCGGCCGAGCGGUGAGGGCAGCACUGUACGCCCCCAACGAGCCCAUGCUGGACUACAACAUGGUCAUCAUCUUCGUCAUGGCUGUGGGCACCGUGGCCCUCGGGGGCUACUGGGCUGGGAGCCGGGACGUGAAGAAAAGGUACAUGAAACACAAGCGGGAUGACGGGCCCGAGAAGCAGGAGGACGAGGCGGUGGACGUGACCCCUGUCAUGAUCUGUGUCUUCGUGGUCAUGUGCUGCUCUAUGCUGGUGUUGCUGUAUUACUUCUACGACCAGCUCGUCUAUGUGAUCAUCGGGAUCUUCUGCCUGUCCUCGUCCACCGGCCUCUACAGCUGUCUGUCACCGCUGGUCCAGAGGCUGCCCUUUGGCAGGUGCAGGGUCCCUGACAACAACCUGCCGUACUUCCACAAGCGUCCUCCGGUCAGCCUGCUGCUCCUGGCGCUGCUCUGCCUGGCCGUCAGCGUGCUGUGGGGUGCCUUCCGGAACGAGGACCAGUGGGCCUGGGUCCUUCAGGAUGCGCUGGGCGUCGCCUUCUGCCUCCACAUGUUGAAGACCAUCCGCCUCCCCACUUUUAAGGCCUGCACGCUGCUGCUGCUGGUGUUGUUUGUCUACGACGUCUUCUUCGUGUUCAUCACGCCCUUCCUGACCAAGAGCGGGAAUAGCAUCAUGGUGGAGGUUGCGACCGGGCCCUCGGACUCGGCCACCCACGAGAAGCUCCCCAUGGUCCUGAAGGUGCCCAGACUGAACGCCUCACCGCUGGCCCUGUGCGACCGGCCCUUCUCCCUGCUGGGCUUCGGGGACAUCCUGGUGCCAGGGCUGCUCGUGGCGUACUGCCACAGGUUCGACAUCCAGGUGCAGUCGUCCCGGGUCUACUUCGUGGCCUGCACCGUGGCCUACGGCAUCGGGCUCCUGGUGACGUUCAUGGCCCUGGCCCUGAUGCAGCGCGGCCAGCCCGCCCUCCUCUACCUGGUGCCCUGCACGCUGGUGACAAGCUGCGCCUUGGCACUCUGGCGCGGGGAGCUGGGCACGUUCUGGACGGGCAGUGGCUUUGCGAAGGACCUACCUCCAUCUCCUUGGAUGCCGUCUUCCGCCACCGGCCCACAGCCCGGGAAGGACUCUGACAGCAGCCUCUCGCAGCCGCCUCCAGGCGAAGGACUGGCCAAGUGCCCUGUGUCCCCAGAGCAGCCCCCGGAGGUGUCCACGCCCGAGGAGACCGGGGCCGGGGCGCACCCACAGGGGGCCGGGGCUCACCCACAGGAGCCCGUGAGCCCCGCGGGCUGCACCCCCGAGCCCACGAGCAUGGUGGGCGCCUCGGCCUAGGAGGUGGCACAGACUCUCGGGCCCUCGUUGCUACCUGCCGUGCCGAGAGACCCCGAGACUGGACCUGCCUGGCCCCCCCACCCCAAAUUGGUGCUCCGGUCUGGCCGACGCCCCCGCUCUUCCUCCUCCUCAAGCUGAGCCCAGCUGUGUCCUGGACCCUCUCCAGCCCUGCUCCCUGCUCCUGUGGCUGCCGCGAGCCCCUCCCCCGCUCCGGCCCACGAGGUCACAUCACUGUCGCUGUCACCAUGACAGGAGUAGCACCCAGCUCCACGGUCUUGCCUGUCCGCCUGGUGUUUCCUCGGCAAGAGCAGGAAGCGCUCAGCCAUGGCUGCCGGUCUGCCCACAUCUGGUGCUUCCCGCUCUGGUCCUCCCUCAGGUUCUGGCCCGCAGAGCCCCCUCGUGCUGGCACCGGGGUCGGACAUGCCUCGGGGUCGGACGCGCCUCGGGGUCGGACGCGCCUCGGGGUCGGCGGGGGCGCCCGGUGGGCCCUGCCCUGCCUCCAUCAGCCUGGGUGCCCGUGCUCCAGCCUCUCCGCCUGUGAAUAAACGGCCACGACGUGUCGAACUCAGGUGGUGUCGCCUCUUGGGUCUGAGUCUCAGCCGGGCCUCGGGACAGCCGGUCCCCGGUCACGCCGUCCACGGGGCUGCGUCUCUGCUCGGCUCCGUCCCUCCAGCUGAGAUGGACUCGGGCCCCCAUCCUCCCCACAGCACCUGCACGCUCUCAACCCCACCCCAGCCCGGCCUCUAGGAACAACACCGGCCAGGCGAGCGCACUUUCUAUUUAAACCACCCGGGAGCUUCUGGAAUGUGGAGAAUAUUCUGGAAUUGGCAUUUUGUCUUCUACCUCACUGACAGGGUUCUCUGAACGUCACAACGGAAAUGCCGCCGUAGGACUGGCUGCAGGGCGGCGGCCCCCAUGCCAUGGCGCGCGCCCGUCCACACAGCCUCCAGACUCGAGCCCGAAAGCUGUUUGCACCGACGUGACAUGAAGUCACAGACCCCCAGCCACGCGGUCCCAGCUCUGUCCCGGUCUGUCCGCUGCUCCGUUGCAGAUGGCAGGCGUGGGGUCAACCAUGAUCCAUUCCAAAAAAUACCAGCGCCAGACAGAUUCACAUACAGCCUUUGCCAGCCCUGCUGCUCCGAGGAGAAAUGAUGUUGAUUAAAAAAAAAAAACAAAAAACAAAAAACAAAACGUUUUCCACCUGUCCCCGUGUCUCUUAAGAUGACGGGUGACCCGGGAGAGAGACCAGCUGGACCUGCCGGCCCUGAGAGCCGCCCAAUGGGGAGGCCAGAGCCGGCUGCAGGGUCCGUGCGGACGGUCCCCACCCCAAUUGGCACGUCCCUCUAGGCCGUGUCACUCGUCGGUGUAGGACCCAGAAUCUCCGUUUUCUGUGUUUGACAAACGUCAGGGGAUCUGAAGGUGGAUGUUCCGGAAGUUUCUGUGUGCAGUCUUUGCCUCGCUUCUGUUUGAGUCUUAGGAUUAAACACGGCUUUUGAGAGUUA